AAUGGGAGAUUAUGGUUGGUUCUUUUAGUUUGAAAAUGACGUUCAGUUUUGGUGGAUGUUUGUGGACCUUUAUAUGGAUCGGUGCAGUCGUUUUAGGUGUGGAUCAGGAGGUAGUAUCGAUAAAUUUUAUCGUUAAAUAAAUAAAGAAACCAAAUGAACACUAAUUUUCUUCACAUACCACAGCAACCGCCAGUUUUCAAAAGAGGCGGCUCCAAGUUUAUCAUGGAAUCCUUGGUGACUAGUUGUGAUCACAAGAUCGUGAAGUAUUUUCAAAAAGUUCCUGACAAAUUGAAUAUUUACACCUUUCGUGUAGUAAAACUGGCUAAAGCCUUCACCAUCGAUUUCGCUGUGAGGGUGGUAAAAACAAAGAGAGUGAUGUACAAAAUUGAUAACUUUGACGGCUGCCAGUUUCUGAUGAAUCCCCUGCUGAAUCGCGUUUUCGGAACUGUCUACAAGCGACUGGUCGUGAAUGGCAGUUUUUUUAGUUGUCCGAUCAGGCCAGGGGUAUAUUACAUCAGGAACGAGGGUUCCGUGGCCAUGUUGCCGGCUUUCCAGCCGCCUGGAAGAUACCAAAUCACAAUGCGAGUCAGGAUGCACGAAAGUGGGGACCCCUUUGUGAUGGAAAUGCUGUGGGUAUACAGUGUAGUUCGAAAUAAAGAAAAACGGGCUUUUACUGAAAUAAAGAAUCAUAUUUUACUUUAA